AUGGCGUGGCCCUGCAUCAGCCGCCUCUGCUGCCUGGCGCGGCGCUGGAACCAGCUGGACCGCUCCGACGUGGCCGUGCCGCUGACCCUGCACAGCUACUCGGACCUCGAGAGCGAGGAACCAAUCCCGGGCGGUGUUCCCUCGCUCAGAGGCCCAUCUCCCGCAGGCUCCCGGGACCCCGGUCGGGACGUGCCGCUCACUCAGUACCAGCGGGACUUCGGCGUAUGGACGGCGCCCUCGGGGUCCAGAGAUGCAACGCAGGGACGCGGACCGGGAGCAAGCAGCCGCAGGGCCAAGCCCCCCGCAACCCCCGGCCGGGGGGUCUACGUGCUCCCCAUCGGCGACGCGGCUGCGGCUGCAGUGGCGACCACAUCAUACAGACAGGAAUUCCAGGCUUGGACUGGAGUGAAGCCAUCAAGAUCCACAAAAGUGAAGCCCACUAAAGUCAUCACAACCCACAGCUCUGGAUGGGAUGGCAGCCCCAGGGCCAGUUUCCAGGCCCCUGAGGUGAGGAAAAAGUUUGCCCCUAACCCCUCAGCCAUCUUUCAGGCCUCGGCUCCCCGGAUCCUCAACGUGUGA